CCAAUUUUAAGAAAGAAAAAUAAAGUGAAAUAUUUUCAUAAAUCGUUAAAAACCCUUUCACUUUCUGUUUCUUUGUCACGUACAAGGAAAUCACCCUUGUUGGUGCCAAUCGCCUUCGUCCUUUUGAAAAACUCAACAUAUUCUCUAUAUAAUAUAAUUAGGAUAUAGUGUAUCUGUUUUAAAAGAUAAUGGCACUUCUUCAAGUGAGCGACUUUCAGUCUGUUUCUGAAGUCCGCGGACAGAUACUUCCAGUGAGACAGAGGCUCCUCGUCGACCAAACCAACCACUACAAUUUUGGUAGCAAAACUCAAGAAUUUGCGGUACCGCCUGGUGUAGAGCCUUCAGGGUUUCUGAAGUCCUGUAACCGUGAUGGAGCUGUCUGUAUUGAAAUGAACCACGGGACGACCACUCUGGCCUUCAAGUUCAGGCAUGGAGUCAUCGUGGCUGUGGACUCCAGAGCUUCAGCUGGCCGCUACUUAGCUGGGCCUCAUCCUCCUGCCGUUCCACAUCCUGCCCUUGGGUGCCCACUGCUGUACUGGGCCCUGGGUGUCCUCCUGGAUGGAGGCAAUUGGGACUGGAGGCCUGGUAAAGGCCUCUGUCCUAACACCUCAUCCAUUGGGACAAACCAGGGCCAAGUGGCAGCAGUGAUAUUCCCACACCCCCUCACCUGA